UUGAAGAGGAUAUUAAGGGUCUGUUACAUGCAAAGUAAAUGAAUGGAAGAAACAUCAUAGAGUUUGUUACAAAUAGGACAACCAAAUAAAUAAAUAAAUAAAUAAAUAAAUAAAUAAAAAAGAACAAGAAAAAAGAGACAAUUCCCAAAAAAAUAAUAUACUCCGUAUAUUCAAAUUUUUGUUUAUGUUUAUAAAUACGAAGUUUUGAAUUCAUGACAUAAAAUUUUAUGUCCAAAAACAGUACAACCACAAGCACUGAAAUGGCUUCCAUUCUCAAUUUUCUGUCUCUACUUUUGCUUAUCUCUUUUGUUCAUCAAGGAAUAAGCAAUUGGGAUGACUGCAACUAUUAUAAGAAUGUACAACUCAUGCAGGAAAGAACAGAUGAACAACCAAGAGGAUGGAAAGUAUCAAUCAUCAAUACUUGUAAAGAUUGUGUAUUCUUUGAUGUCCGAUUGAAUUGUACUGGAUUCGUGCCUUAUCGCCCAUUAGAUCCAAAAGUACUAACAAUCGUAAACAAUACAUGCUAUGUGAAUGAAGGCGGUAUAGGUUACAUACCCUAUAAUAGUAAUUACAGCUUCACUUAUCUUUCCUACAGUCCUACUGGUUAUGACUUUACUGUCCAUCAUGCUGCUAUAUCCUGUAACCUUCCGCCUGCUCCACCUCCGCCUCUUCUGGUUUGAUGCUUUAGCAAAAAAACAAGGGAUUGUGUAAUGAAAUAACGUGUGUUGCAGGGUCAAUAACAGUUUGUUUUGGAUUGAUAUUUGAGAGAUUAUGAAAAUAAUAAUCACUUCGUAUUAGAGAUUUUAAGAUAUAUAUAUUUGAUAUUAUUCUCUGUUAUAUAGUCGUUAAUAUAUAUCCCCAUGAUUUGAAGUAUUACAGAGUUACAACCCGAGUUAACUAAAUACAAAUUCUCAAAAUAUUACCAGCAAGGCUGUAUCAUUAUUUGCAACACCAGCGUCAACUGUUGUGGUGUGGCUGACAUAGGGGUUACCGGAUUAGGGGCUGAGAAUGAAUGUUCCACCCAUACAACUCAAGCGAGCCCCCAUAAUGUUCUCUUGCAACCUUGCCAGUUAUGAGUUUCCAUAAAACUGUAGCCCUCCAUAGUAUCCUUCAUUUAUCGAUGACAGAGUAUUGUACUACAUCAGAUACAAGACACACUUCACCUCCAAGGCCACUACAGCAGCAUUGUGGAUAACUGCUCAGAAUUCCCCAUGUUCAACUUAGUAUUUCUCAAACAUGCUCAAGAUCUCA